AUGAGCGAGAAUGUGGAAAGGAACUGGAUGAGAAUAUUUAAGAGGACACAGACAAACCUGGAUGAUAGUCAAGGGGAAUCGACAAAGUCCAAGUUGAUACGUCGCGUGGCGUCUGCGCCAAACACAAACAAGUUGUUCAAGAAGAGCAGCAGCAAUCUACUCAGCCCGUUAGAGAAGAACAACAUCUACGAUUCAAAUCACAAUACAUCCGAGAAUACCAUUUCCUCCACUUCAACCUCCACCAAAUAUCAAACAUUGGAUCAUACAUCGAUUGAGAAGGCUGACAAGUUUGAUAAGGUUGUGACCAAAAGCCCCUCCAAACCCCCGUUUAAACGAACUUACAGCUCCAACUCAAUCAAGACUAGAGUGGCUCAAGUCACACCCGCGUCAUUUGAAAAGAUUAAAUUACUCGGCAAAGGUGACGUUGGAAAGGUUUUCUUGGUCCGCGAAAAGUCGUCUGGCUCUUUGUUCGCUAUGAAAGUUCUUAACAAGCGGGAAAUGGUGAAGCGUAAUAAGAUCAAGAGAGCUUUAGCAGAGCAAGAAAUCUUAUCAACCUCCAAUCAUCCCUUUAUCGUCACUUUACAUCAUUCUUUUCAAUCUGCCUCGUAUUUGUACUUCUGUAUGGAGUACUGCAUUGGUGGUGAGUUCUUUAGAGCAUUGCAAACAAGGCCAGGCAGGUGUCUAUCAGAAAAUGAUGCCAAGUUUUACGCUGCAGAGGUCAUAGCAGCGCUGGAAUAUUUACACUUGAUGGGCUACGUUUAUAGAGAUCUUAAGCCUGAAAAUAUUCUCCUCCACUCCUCAGGUCACCUCAUGCUCAGCGAUUUUGAUCUCUCGAAGCAAGGCAAGACAACCGGUGGUGGUGCUCCAACGAUGAAGCACGGUCAAAAUGGUUUACCUAUUUUAGACACGAGGAGCUGUGUCGCUGAUUUCCGCACCAACUCGUUCGUUGGUACUGAGGAGUACAUUGCACCUGAAGUUAUACGCGGACAUGGUCAUACUUCGGCCGUUGAUUGGUGGACACUCGGUAUACUCAUCUAUGAGAUGAUAUUCGCAACUACACCAUUCAAAGGCUCAAAUCGGAAUAUGACAUUUUCAAACGUCUUGAAGCAAGAUGUAGAUUUCCCUGACUCGUACCAUAACAUGUGCUCUUCAUCUGGACGCUCACUCAUACGCAAAUUACUCAUCAAGGAUGAGAACAAGCGUUUAGGAUCUACAUCUGGUGCAAGUGAAGUCAAGCAACACAAAUGGUUCAACACUCUCAAUUGGGGAUUAUUGCGUAACUUGAAACCACCAAUUAUUCCACGUAACGGGAAUGAAACAGAUGCUGUAAAUUUCCGUCACUUACGUGAAUCGAGGUCGAUUGAUUUCGAUAAUCAAACAAUUCAAUCAAAGAAUGAUACCAUUGAUCCAUUCCGGUUUUUCGCUAGCGUAACAAGACUUACAGAUUAA